UUACGCUCUUCAAUACUUUGGCCUCCCUCUCUCUCUCUCUCUCUCUCUCUGUCUUAUUUUCUUCGGAAAACCCUCGACGGUACGAGGGAAAGCUCUCUCUCUCCCUCUCUCGGUUUCUCCUUCUCUCUGUAGUACAAGUUACAAGUAGCUAGGGUUCUGCAGAAAUGGCUGGCUAUAGCGAAUACAUGCCAUUCAUGGCCAUGGUUUUGGUCCAAGCGAGCUAUGCAGGAAUGAACAUUAUUUCAAAGCUUGCUAUUGAAUCUGACAUGGACCCUCUUGUUCUUGUUGCUUAUCGUCAAGUUUUCGCCACCGCAGUCAUUGCUCCCCUUGCUUAUUUGAUGGAAUGGAAAACAAGACCGAAGAUCACGUUGCCCAUUCUUUUCCAGACUUUUCUGUGCUCAUUAACUGGGGCCACUGCAAAUCAGGUUUUUUAUUUUCUCGGUUUAAAGACUUCGACCGCAACGAUUGCAUGCGCAUUGCAAAACACACUUCCAGCCAUGACAUUUAUCCUUGCAGUCAUUUUCAGACAAGAAUCUGCAAAGCUCAAGAGCAAAGCAGGGCUAUCUAAGGCGAUGGGAACAAUUGUGUGUGUAUCUGGAGCUAUGUUACUUUCAUUUUACCAUGGACACAUCAUUGGUCUAGGUGACUCCAAAAUUCACUGGACAUAUGCGCAGAGAAUGGGAGAAGCAAGUUCCAGCACCAAAUCAAGCUCCUUUAUUGGCCCCCUUUUUGUCAUCUUAAGCACCUUAGGUUGGGCAUUCUGGUUCAUAAUCCAAGCUAGAGUGGGGGAAAGCUUUCCAGCUCCUUAUACAAGCACCACACUGAUGUGUUUGAUGGCCAGCUUUGAGUGUGGGAUCAUUGCUGUAAUUGCUGAUCACAAAGCGGUUUCAUGGUCUCUAAAAGAUCCCAUUAGGCUUGUUGCAUCCCUCUUUGCUGGAAUUAUGGGUUCUGCACUAGCAUUCUUCCUCUCUUCAUGGAGUAUUCAGCGAAAAGGCCCUCUUUACGUGUCGGUGUUUAGUCCCUUGCUCCUCAUCAUUGUUGCCAUUGCAAGCUGGGCUUUGCUCGAUGAGAAAUUAUACGUUGGAACUGCUGUAGGGUCAGUUUUGAUUGUUGCCGGGCUCUAUCUUGUUCUUUGGGGAAAGAAUAAGGAGACGAAGGAUGAGAAGCCAACAAAAGCAACAGGCAUGACAAAGACGACAGAUGAGGCCAAGGCUUAUGAGAAAAGCGACUUGGAGCUGCAGCAAGUGCAUCCGAAAAGCAUCCGUGACGUUAUGGGAUAGAGAGGAGAUCGAUCGAUCAAGACAAACAGAUCACAACAGCAGAUCCCAACGUUCACAAUCUGUUACAUUGAAUCUCUAUGCUACCAUUUCAUUUCCAUCCAGUCCAUGAAGAGUCCCAUCAGCAUAAUAUAUAUUUAAAACGUUGAUCAUCAAUCCAUGCAUGCAUUUGGAAGUUUCUGUAAUCAACAUUAAUAAACCCUAAUUUCAUGUCAUGUCAAUCAUAAUUUAUGUUUCGAUUGAACUAUAUAUUAAGCAGUAGUUCUAUAUUUCUAAUAGAAACCAGCCAUGGCCAUGUUCUUCAAUUUCACCAA